UCGCGCCUGAAGCCGGAAGUAUCCGGAGACGGGGUUUCGUUUUGUUUACUGUCUCCGCGUCGCUUGUUCUCGGCUGUCGCUGGGGCGGCCGGCGGCGGCGGCAAUAUGGACAGGAAGAAGAAGCCGCUGGAUGUUACGGUUUCCUCGCUCAUAGACUUGAAAGCUGAACUUUUCAGAAAACAGGAAGAAUUCAAAAAAGAAAAACUUCUGAAAGAUGCUGGAGUCCCUGUAAAACCUAAAGCAACAAACAAGAAGCCGAACAUUUGGACUAAACAGAAUAAAGGUGUUUCAGAUCGUUCUGAGAAAGAUGCUGAACAAAAGAUAGAAGAGCAACAAACAUUGGACAUAUCAAGGCAGAAACUAGAAGAGAAAGCACAGCUCUAUGAGAAGAUGACAAAAGGAGACUUUCCAGAUGAAGAAACUGAGGAUUUGUACCUUGUGGAUUUCACCCAGAAGAUUAUAGACAAACGGAGAGAAGUACAGGAGCUAUGUGCAAAUGAAGCUGCUAGAAAGGCAGCAGAGAAGGCAAACAGGGAGGAAGAGAGACUUUCUGAAGCAGAAAUUCCACCUCCUCAGGACCCCACUGAAGAAUGGGUAGAUUAUGUGGAUUCCUUGGGCCGUUCUAGACGCUGUAUGAAGAAAGAUUUGCCACAUCUGCUUCAAAUGGAUAAAGAGCUUCAGGGGAAGAGGCAAAUGACAGAAGAGAAGACUUUGUUGUCUGAAGAUAUGAGAAAGGAGCUUCAGCGUCAGCAGUGGGAAAGGGAAGAAGAAGAAGCCCUAAAGAAACCUAUGGGACCAAUGCAUUAUGAGGACAUUAGAGAAAAUGAGGCCAGACAGCUUGGUGUUGGUUACUUUGCCUUUGCCCGUGAUCAAGCUUUGAGGAGAAAGCAAAUGGAAACCUUAGAAAUGCUAAGAGAACAGACUACAGACCAGAGAGCAAAACGUGAACAUUUAGCAGAGAAACGUAAGGCUGUUUUGGAAGCCAGGCUGUCCAAGCUUCGAGCGAAAAAGCGAUUGAAAGAAGGUGACACAAAGGAAAAUGGAGCAGAAGAAGUUGCUAUGCCAGCAGCAGCUGAAUCCAAGCCCAUUGAAGUGCCAAGGGUUUCCGCGGAAAAUAGAAAAGUGGAAGUGAUCAUUCAGGAAAGGAAAGAUACAAAGCCUGGCGUGCCCUAUGUCCGAGAGUGGGAUAGAGGCAAAGAAUUCACUUUUGGACUGUGGUCAAAGAAGCAGGAAGAUCUCAGAAAUGAACGAGAUCCGGAAUUUGCACCUCCCUCUGCUUAUUUUAUGGGUCAAAAGAGAACGCAUGACUUUAGAAGCCAGAAUUGGAACAAGCCUGGAACCUCAUAUGAAAAAACAGAAACCCUGACAAGAAACCUGCCAUCCCCAUCAACUGAGCCUUUCAGUAGCAGCUCACAGAGCAAUCAGUUCCCCCCCACUCAGGAACAUGACAGUGAACUGCAAAAUCAACAGCCGGCUUACCAAACUUUAGAUGACAUGCUGUCAUACUAUAAACAAGUAACAUGAGCUUUAGAUGUUUUGAGAUUAAUCAGAAAACAGUGUUUGGGAUUCUCACUUUUCAUUUUGUUUUAAAGCUCAAGAGAAAAGGUAUCUUGGUAGGAUAGGUAUCGCAUGCCUUUUGUCAUGUAUGCAUCUUACUGCAGCCCUUGUGCUACUUCUGUCACCACUAGCAUUAAAGGUUUCUGCUUUUAAAGAUUAUUGCUAUAGUAUUCUGUAUUCGCUGCCAUUUCCACUGCUGUUUGCUUCACCAUAAAUACAAUGACUAAGAUCCAAGGGCCUCCUUUAGGCACAUCUAAGGCCUUGGAUCUGACCAGUGGGAGUGAUGAUUUAAAAAAAUAAUAAUGGUAUGCAUACCCAGAAAGAGGCCACCAUGCUAUUUUGUGAACUGCUUUUGAAAAUCCCCUUAGUUUUUGAAAUACAGUUUAUUAUUUAACAUGACAGGCUAUUCUUUGAGAAACACAGCACACACCUCCUUUUGGCAUGCAGAAUUAGUUGUCCAGGCCUUUGCAUCCCAGCAUUAGAGUAAUUUAGCGCCAACUUGUACAGUAUAGUAAACAGCAUUCCAUGAAAGGUCUUUUAAAUUAUAAACCAUGUCCACCCUGUGGCAGCUGGCAUUUGUUCACAUACCGAGCAAAAUAGUGCAUUGAAUGGAAGCUUCUUAAGAUUAGUAUGGUGCUGGUUCUGCUAUCCCAUUAAUCAUCUGGAUUUCUGACAGUGCUGACAAAGCAAGCAGUUCAUGUGGGUGAGUGUUACCAGAAGCUGCUAUUUUAAUAUAAUGGAAAGAUUCAGUGGUUUUUUCCCACCCAUCUCCCUAACCCGAACAGUUGUUUUGUGUUACUUAAAUAUUUAAAGCUGUCCGUUUCACUGAUGCAAAGUGAUUAGGAUGACAACUGGCAGCAAAAUAAAACUGGAUGCGUUUUCCAA